UAAAAAAAUUCACCUUCUCGAAAUGCUUAAAGUAAAAAAAGAAAUUUUCCGAACAGCGCGGUCUAAUCCAUGCGAAUGACGUAAAUGAAAUUCACGGUAAUGGAAAUGGUAAACUCACUUACCGCAGUGGGUUCUGGGUAAAAAAAAAAAUGCUGCUUAUUAAAACGACUCCUUAGUCCCUCUAUGCUGACUGGCUCUGUGGCAAGCGGAACACGUGGUACGAACAGCCUGCUGUUGCCUAGCAACCCCACCCCCCCCCCACCCCAGACACUCGCACACUUUCCAGUUACAACCCGGAGUGUCUUGAUUCCCAUCCUCCCCUCGCUGCUCAGCACUCUGGGACACUUGGUGCCUGUCCUGAGGAUAUGGCUGCCCUGCUCUGCGGGACCAAGCGGAAGAAGCAAGUGAGUGACCUACAGGAGGAAGGGAAGCAUGCGAUCAACGCUCCCCUCAUCCCGUCCAGCGCGGAGCUGCACCCUGAAGACACACUUCUGGAGGAGAACGCGGAGAGGACCAUGCUGGACCCUACUUCCCGAGAGGACGCCAAGCUGAAGGACCUGCAGAGGGUGCUGAUCGACUGGGUCAACAAUGAGCUGGAAGAGGAGAGGAUCAUUGUCAAGGACCUCGAAGAAGAUCUCUAUGAUGGACAGGUGCUCCAGAAGUUAUUCGAGAAGCUGUCGGGUCGGAAGCUGAACGUGGCCGAGGUGACGCAGUCGGAGAUCGGGCAGAAGCAGAAGCUCCAGACGGUGCUGGAGGCAGUGAAUGAGCUCAUCCAGCACCACGGCUGGUCCACCGAGUGGAGCGUGGACUUGAUCCACUCCAAGAACCUGGUGGCCAUCAUCUCCCUGCUGGUGGGCCUGGCCGUCCACUUCCAGGCCGCCGUCCGGCUGCCCGAGCACGUCUCUGUGCAGGUGCUGGUGGUCAAGAAGAAAGAUGGUGUUCUGCACGCCACCCACGUGACCAAGGAGCUGACGACCACCACAGAACUGAUGAUGGGAAGAUUUGAGAGAGAUGCUUUUGAUACUCUGCUGGACCACGCACCUGAUAAACUGAACAUUGUUAAGAAGUCCCUCAUCACCUUUGUGAACAAACACCUGAACAAGCUGAACCUGGAGGUGACGGAGCUGGAGACGCAGUUUGCGGAUGGUGUGUACCUGGUCCUGCUCAUGGGGUUGCUGGAGAAUUACUUUGUUCCCCUGUACAACUUCUACCUGACGCCGGAGAACUUUGAGCAGAAGGUCCACAACGUGUCCUUCGCCUUCGAGCUCAUGCAGGAUGGAGGGCUGAAGAAACCCAAAGCUCGUCCAGAAGAUGUCGUGAACCUGAAUCUGAAAUCCACCCUGAGGGUCCUCUACAACCUCUUCACCAACUACAAAAACAGGGAGUAACAUCAGCUCACCAGAGACCAACGGCGGCCAGCUGGGCGGGGGUUCGAGAGUCGUUCCUGGGACGGCACGUGGCCCCCAAGGAUUGCUCGUCGCGCUUCCGGCGUCGAACCCCAGCAAGACUCGAAUGAACUUCCUGCCUCUUGAUCUAACUGGCCUUGCAGUGAGCGACACGCUCAUUCUGCACAGCUCUCGAACCCGUGUCCUUCGUACUGAAGUAGUUUGUGAGUUUUACUGUUUAUUACUACACCGAUCCUAUUGAUUUGUACUGUGGAUUAUAUAAAUAAGCCCACACCCUCCCCCCCCCCGCCUCCAGUCAAGGUCGCUGUUUGGUUGCACCCCCCAGGGAACGUAGCGGUGCUUCUGUUUGUUUUUUUGUUGUUCUCAGUAAGACUCAUAUAGUCCUACUGCAUGUGUGCCCGUCAGAGCUUGUGCGUGGAGCCACAUACAGAGAAACCGCUCUUGCGUGUUCGGUCAAUUAAACCGAGAGAGAGAGAGACGCGUCCAGCUCUACAACCCGAGUAUGACUUUAGACGGAGUUGAGCUUUGUUACCUCUGAAUAUCCACUAAAUGAAAUAAAAACGUUAAAGUAAU